AAAGAGUAGAACAAAUCAAAAUAACUACUAGUAAGUCCCUAGUUCUAACUAAGCAUGGCCACUUCUGUUAUGCUAUCCACUUCUUUCUCUCCCACAUACCAUCCACCCCUUUUCCGUCCCUCUUCUUCCAUUCCAUUCUCCAAACCAAAACUCACUUCACACUCCUCCUCCAAUUCGCCAUGCUGGAACACAAAACCACUCUCUCUGCAUCACAGCUUCAACUUCAGCUUCAUUGCUCGCUCUUUAACAAAGGACGAAAACUCGUCGACCUUCGCGGGCGAGGAUUCCGCAGUGUUCGAUUUGAAGAAACAGAAAAUAUCUUCCUGGAUUUAUUUCACCGCGAUUUUAGGAGUUGUUCUCUUCGUUCUAAACGUAGCUUGGAUCGAUAAUUCAACCGGCUUCAGCAAAGCCUUCGUUGAAUCCGUUUCAGCUCUUUCCGAUUCUCACGAGGUGGUAAUGUUGAUCCUAUUUCUCAUAUUUGCUGUUUUCCACAGCGGCAUGGCCAGCCUCCGCGACGCCGGCGAGAAACUCAUCGGCGAAAGAGCUUUUCGUGUUAUUUUUGCAGGGAUAUCACUGCCGUUGGCCGUCACUACCGUCGUGUAUUUUAUUAACCACAGAUAUGAUGGAGUUCAACUCUGGCAGCUCCAGAGUACUCCUGGGAUUCAUGCAUUUCUGUGGCUUUCCAAUUUCAUAUCUUUCUUUUUCCUAUAUCCUUCUACCUUUAAUCUCUUAGAAGUUGCAGCAGUUGACAAACCUAAAGUACAUCUAUGGGAAACUGGCAUCAUAAGAAUAACCAGGCAUCCACAGUUGGUUGGGCAGGUAAUCUGGUGUCUUGCUCAUACGGUUUGGAUUGGAAAUUCAGUGGCUGUUGCAGCUUCAAUUGGCUUAAUUUCACAUCAUCUAUUUGGUGCUUGGAAUGGAGAUAGACGAUUGGCUAUAAGAUACGGAGAAGAUUUUGAGGUGGUUAAGCGCCGAACAAGUAUUGUCCCUUUUGCAGCAAUCCUUGAUGGCCGUCAAAGAUUACCCGAAGAUUUCUACAAGGAGUUUAUUCGAUUACCAUACUUAGCGAUUACUGUAGUAACACUAGGAGCUUACUUUGCACAUCCCCUUAUGCAGACUGCUAGCUUCAACCUCCAUUGGUAGGUGGAAACAAAACAUUUUGUUGUUUUCAUGUAAAAUCUAAUGUUCAGGAGGGAAACUCUAAUGCCACGUGCUGUAAUGUGCUUCAAUAGACAGGGAUGAAAAAUCGAAGAAAAAAAAGUAUAAAUGAUUGGAAGAGAUAAACAGAAAAACUGACAGAUCGUGCACUUUUGUAAACCCCGUCUCUUAGUUUUAUGACCCAGAAGUAGGGUCUGUCACUCUGUAUUGUAUACCAUAAGCCAUGUAUUAUAUAUGGUGCACAAUGACAUUUCAUAGCUGACUUGUAACUAAAAUUUGUAGAUGAUUUGUAACUUAAAAAAUCUAUAGUUUAUCAGUUACAUAUUGUUAUGGAUGAGUUACACUACCAUAGAUCA